ACCGAUUAAUUAAAAUAGAUCUAAAUUCAAUUAGCUAACAGAUAAAUGAAUGGUGGCGCACAGUUUUGACAUUUGGCAGGAAAAUGACGUAAUCGUUCCUUGGUACUCGGUUCUUUGGUUUAACGUAUAGUUAAGCAGACGACCAAUGGAAACGGACAUGAAGAAGCAAACAAAACCUGAAGUGUUUCUGGACCAUUACCUGAGUACCUUGGGGCUUUGGAGAAAACCAGUUGCAAGGGAUGGUUUGUCAUUAUUCAGAGCUGUUUCUGAGCAGCUAUUCAUGACACAGACCUUCCACACAAAUUUGUAUGAAGCAUGUAGGAUAGUGUUUCUUCACCUUGGCAUGGAUCCUGAAACGGACUGGACUGAGGUAGAGGUGAUACAGAUACUCUCUAGAAUGUACAGGAGGGACUUUCUGGUAUAUGAAAAUGUUGGACACCCUCCAUACAAAGCUUCUAACAACAAUUACAGUAAGAAGAUUCUGCUGUGCAGAAUUGGGGAGACUCAGCUAGACUCGGUUUACCCAGCAAGCUUUCAACAGGAUGCAGCAAUUUGUCAAUCUAUUGUGUAUGAGAUAUUAUAUCGUGGAGUGUUCAAGCUGGAUGCAGAACUCACAGAGGCUGUGACACUGAUACGUGACCAGAAUAAGAGGAAAAUUACCCUUUUAUCGAAUAGAUUUGAUGAUCUAGAAGACUCCUGUUUAAAAAAAUUCCAAGACAUGCAUUGCUCAGUGAAGGAUCGUCAAUUACGGAAGCCAUCACCUCCAGUUCCGUACAGGAUAGCUAAGGCUUUGGAUCCGUGUAUCUAUAGAAACGUAGAACUGGAUAUCUGGGAAGAAGAGAAAAGGGAGCAAAUCAAAGAGUCUCCCGAAUAUAGAGAACGGUUUGCACCAGGAGAUAAAUGUCAGGUCAUUUUAGAAGGUGAACAUUACCAUGGACACAUACAGGAAAUAAGUGCUGAAGAUAACACUGCUGUUGUAUUCAUACAUGAACUUGGAGAGAAGAAGUCUGUGUUGAUCAGCUGUUUGAAGACACCACCUUCACCAAGAUAUAGCUGUCUGUCACAUUCCAAGUACUUCAAGAGGAAGCAGGAUAUGCCUAUAACCUCUAAUACUUCUGGAAGUUAUAUAUAUGACAACACCACUGUAAAGUACCCUAUCUACCAGCCCAGGUCUCCUGUUAACCAAGAAGUCAACUAUACAUCAUCUAAUUAUCAAGGGUAUAAUUUGGGAACACCAUAUACAUAUCAGGGAGACGUGAUGGCUAAUGCUAAUUCUACAGGCUAUAUUGGGAUGGACACGACGCCUGUACAAAAUACAAUCAACAAUGCAAAGACUAACCUCAGUAACCAGAUGUCACCACCAGGUGUAUUACAACGUUAUGCUCCUCCGGUACCAGCUAUGUUACCUCAAGGUGCUAUGACCAGCCCAUAUGUGUACAACUCCCUGGUGCCUACAUCUAAUCAGACAUAUUCUUGUGUCUGUGUGCCAUACCUAGAGAGCAUAGCAGUGAAGGAUGUCAAUAUGCAUUGCCUCCCCUCACAAGAUGUAGCUGGAAAAGACUUGCCAGAAAUGAAUACAUUGAGAUUUUUCUUCAAUUUAGGAGUUGAGAACUACAGGUUGAUCAGUCAUGGUGGACCGAUGUGGCCAACAGUGGAGAUGGCUCCCAUGGUGCCGCCAAAUGGAGUUGUUACCCAGGACCAAGUGAACGGCAACAUCUGUGGUCAGUUUGCUCUUCCUCCUCCCAUUCAGUAUUCGUCACAAAAUGAACUGCCAACCAAUGAACAAACUGAGCAAAAUGGAAGCAGACCAAAUCAAACCUACCACUAUCAUCCUUACAUACCUACUACUUUCCCACAAGGCUCGCCCAUUGGUAAACGGAAGUCUCCUCCGGAAUCUCCGGUCACUUCCCCGAAUAAAGCUCAGACUGUCUCUCCGGGUGAUGAGUCAAUAGAUAGCAAUGACUCUGGUUGUGAUUCAGAUAGCGCAAGUAGCGCUCAGUGUAAUGGCUGUAAGGAAAUGGAGGAACAUAAUAUCGGAACAACGACAGUAGAGCUUGAACAGAAACUUGACAGUUAUAUUGCUAAAGUUGAUGAAAAUGAUAUUUCUAGUUGUAUAAGCUCUACAAGUGAGUUUCAAGUUCCGACAAAACCAAAACCUAAAAGGAAAUAUUAUAUGUAUGGUAAUUUAAAACUUGUCAAACCGAUAAAAGAUAUACCCCCAAAGUUCUUGUCAAUGCUUAAUAGUUUGAGUGCAGAAAAAUCCAGGUGUGAAGGCGAGCCAAUUAUCAUACCUUUUUUGCCACCAAAACCUUACCGUAAAUACAACAAAACUCAGUCAGGGUCUGAAACAAGUAGUACAAUUAGUAAUGUAGAAAACCACGGAUUUAAUCCGGAAGCAAAGUGUUUUGUUCCAGGUGAUUCAGUUAUGCAUGACCCAAGUAUUAUUGCUUGUAGUAAUCAGAAUGCACCAGUGCAAUAUGUACCAUACGGUAUGUACCCUUCUACCAGUAAACCAGAUAGUAGUAUAGUGUAUCCGCCUAAUGUACAAAAUAUAUAUACCAGUACACCGCAGUCUCUUGCACAAGCUAACUCUGGUGAUGGGAGCCAAGGGCAUCCAAAUACUUUAUCUAAUCCUAGCACUAACUAUGGUGAUGGUUCUAAAUAUAGCAUGCCUACUCUCUCCACAGGUCAGGCUUGUCCCACAUAUCCUGUCUCGUGCCCGGUCUACUAUGCUGGUCCCGGUUCCUUCAGUGGAGCCCAGGCUUUCAUUCCACCACCUAAUGGAGUUGCAGGACACGGAACCUAUCCACAGCUUUGUAGUAUGCCACCACAGGUGACCCAGGUUCAAGCCAUGCAGACAGCAUAGUUGUGCAGACAAUGUUAUUGGCAUAGUACAAUCAUAAGUGCUGCCCUUGUAUAUCAUGUGUAUGCUAACAUAAACUGACUUGCUUCAAAAACAGUUAUGUAUCUCCAAUAAACGUCAUACCAAACUUAUUGUUUCGGCUUUACGCUUUUAGUAGCUCCGAAAAAACUGAAUAGUGCUCAAAUUAUUUUGUUGUUGCAUAUCGUUUUAUAUUGUGCUAGACAGGGAAAAUUUAUUUAGUACUUAAAUAAUUGAUUUCAUUUUAAGUUGUUGAGGCAAGUCAAUAUAAAGUAAUAACAUCAGAUUUUGGGUUAGGGCUUUAUACAUUCAGUUUCUAUUACUGAUUAUUUUAUAGUCCGCUUAAUUGCAAAAAAAAAAAAACAGAACAACUCCUCUCAUGCUUCAGGUAGCGUUUUACAAGAUCAAAGUCAAUUAUGUAUAAAAAUAGUAUGAAAAGUCAUUUUAGAGCAUAAUUAUUAAACUUUUAGGUUAUUUUGAACAUAAUACUAGAGAAAGGCUCCUGUUUGUUUAAAACUUUGUCACUACUUGCACAUGUUAAGUACAUGUUAUAUUUGGUGAUUUUCAAGGAAACAAGUUAAAUCUUAAAAUCACAUAAUAUGAUUGUAAUAACCUGAUGAUUUGUGCAAAAGUAUAUUCUUGCUCAUGCUAAUACUGUUCAGUGAAUAAUGUUUUACACAUUUUGUCAUGGCUAUUUUCAAAUAGAUAAGAGACUAUGAAAUAAGGUUGUUCAAAAGAAGGACACUGGAGAGAUUUUGAAGUGUAAUUAGCUAGAACAUGUAAUAUUUUCAUCCUGUCAUUUUAUUAAGCUUGUGAAAUUUUUUCAGAUGAGAGGAGUUUGUUGAUGAAGUCUUGUUUAGGCAUACAUUAGAUGGCAUUUAUUUUAAUUAUUACACUGUUUUGAGUUUUGUUUAUGCUUUGAUAAGUAAACACAACUGUUUGAUGUCAUUUGCCAUUGAUGUUUUGCAAGUUUAUAAUUCUGUCAUCAUUACAAAUAAUGAUUAGAGAGCAAUUGUCUCAAGAUUCUAGUCUACAAGGUGCUCAGUAUCAGUUAAACUGCUAUUCCACGGAUAUUUAUACAUGUCUUAGAGAGCUUGCACAUUUCUUUACGUACCAUUUUGAUUAUUUCACAUUUACGUUUGCUUUAGAGCAGUCACUGGAUAUUAAAAUAAAAACGAAACUGGUGAAAGGGGUCAUAAAACUUCAUUUUUCCCACCAUGACCAUUUUAUACAUUUUACUUAUUUGCCCUAUUUUAUAGGUAGUUUAUGUAGGCCAUUGUACCAAGUAUCUCUCUCUCCCCUGCUGUAGUUUUACAUGGGCUUUGAGUAAAUGGAAGAGAUGCUAUUUCAUGGCUUGAAUGUUAUUUCAUUCCUUUUGAUACAUUUUAUUUUUGGAUGUGCUGCGCACAGUAUAUGUGCAAGUCUGUGACUCGAGAACCUCUGAGAGUGAUUUUUUUAUUUAUCAGACUUUUUUCGACAUUUGACAUCUUAAACUUUUUAUGUCCUUGCUUCUUGAUUGAGAUGGAAUCUCCACUUUUUCAUUGAAAUAUAUAUUUUAUAAUGACAGAAGGUGCCUUACAUCAUCAAUCACAUCAAAAGUGUUGUAGUGUAUUUUGAUCAUUUGUGUUCCUUGCAUAUUUCAUGUAAAUAUGAUUACUACAUUUAGAAGGCAGAAAAUCACGUAGAUGUCACAUGCAUGCCAAGGACUUAGUAAUCAUAAAAUGCAAAAGUGCCAUUUAUAUCCUACAUAUAUUUAGAAUAAAGAUUAACAGCAGUGUGCAGAAGAAGAAUCCAGAUUUGAAUAUUUUCCCAACAGGAAUUUGAGAAGCAGCUUUGAUAGUCAAAAUUAUGGUUAUAAAAGUGUUACUUUUUUUGCUGUAUAUCUUUUUUGGUAAACUUUGGCUAAAUAUUUUGGGUGAUUUUGUUGUCAAAGCUUUGAUGACACAUUUUUAUAGAUAAAAAUUCUCCUUAGAUGUGUAUUGAGGGGUUGUUUAGUUCCCCAAACUAGUUCCACAUUCAUGGUUUAGCUGCAGGUUAUACAUGUUGUUCUUGUGUAGUUUUAAGUAGAUGUUUUAAGCUUACAUGUUCGCAUUCACCUUUGAAUUUAGAAUUUCUUGUUUGAUCUUUUGUUUAUUGAAGUAAUUCCAGCUAAUUAUUUUAGUUGCCUUCUUAUUGUAAAUACUUUGAAUUUAAAAACAAUCAUUUAGAAAUCAUUUGUGUUCUUUAACUAAUUUGUAGUUGUUUUUAAUGUUGAGAUAUUGUCGUCACUGUCAAUUCUACUUAAUUAUGUAUUCACAUUUUAUGCUGUUGAACUGUUUUAAAACACUAAUGCAUUUAUUUCAUUUAUGAUAAGUUAUUUACCAUUUGUUAGUCAUCUUCAGAGUUUAUAUUCUUGUCAUUGUUGCUCAGAAAUGAUAUGAAAUCCCUAUGUAAAUUACAGAUAACAUGUAAAUUUUAGAUUCAUGUUUCAUACAUACAUCUUGCAUGUAAAUUACAGAUUUAUGCACUAAAAUCACAUGUAAAUUACUGAUUUAUGUUCGAAAAUUACAAUCAUCAUGUAAAUUACCAGUUUUUGACUUAAAAGUAUGUGUUAACUUAUAAAAAAUUACAUGUAAAUUACUGAUUUUUGCACCAAAAUUUACCAAGUCACUGAUUUUAUUAAUGAUCCAUUUAGACACUCAUUCAUACCAAAAGUACACUCAAGUUACACCAAUAUUCUGUAAAGCGGUAUAAGACCAUUGCAUAUAUAAGACUCGAACAUUAGGCCAACAUUUUUAUUUACAUAAUAUGAAAUGUGUUAUAGAACACUUUGAAAAUACAUUAUUCAUUCAUGAUGCAUUCAGCUUACAUCGAUAUUUCCUGCAUAAAUUACUGAUUUACUCAUUAAAAUAUAAACCAUUAGAACUUUCAGCUUACAUCUAAUUUAGUUACAUACACAAAAUGAUACUGUGUUUCAUACAUUCAGCUUUUCUGAUUGUUACACAUGUGUGCUAUUGAGCAUCUACAGAAGUAAAAUAUAUCAUUCAUUGUGUUCGUAUGCAAAAAAAUAGACAAUGUGUAUGAUGAUUAAACUUACAAGUGAGUUUUAAAUGGUGACUUUGUUCAAUACAGAUUGUCAUUUAUGAUAAGUCAUUAAACCUGUAUUUCUAUGACCAUAUAGGUUGCUUUUACUUGUCAAAUUUUGUAUUUUCUAAAUGUGUUUUUUUUCCUGUGAUUUUGUUACUUUGUGGUAUCUUGGAGCAGUGGAAACAAAUUAGUUCUAAGGCUGUGUAGGAGUACAGAAGCAAGCACAACCUUUGUCACAAGAUUAAUACAGCCUGGUCACUAAAAAUAUACUUUUUUAAAUAAAAAAAAAAUAAACACAGAAAUCAGCAAUACUUCAAAAUGUGUUUACAGGAUGCUUCAAAGUAGCAAGAACUCAAGUUAAAUUUAUUACUUUAAUUCUAUAAUGUUUGGUGAAGGGAUUUUAUUUCAUGUUUUAUUGACUUUAAAUGAUACAACAGAGCUAGCCAUGUUUUAAAAGGGUCAGGAUGUCACUACUUUUUAUUCAAAGUAAUUUUAGUUAUCUGAUUAACUACACAUCUGUUUCCAUCAAAACUGAACUUCAGUGUUGUCACUGAAGACAGUAGCAUGUCAUUAAUUUCGUUAAAACACAUGUUUCCAGGUAGCAGGCAUGUAAAUUACCACCAUGGUUAGGUUUACCUGAAGUAAAAUCUAGGUCUGUCUUAAAAAUGAUAUGAGCUAUAAAUCAAGUUUUGGUGAAAGAUUUAGUACAAAGUAAGAAUAUUUUUAAAGGUGCACGAUUUUAUUAAAGUCAUUUAAAGAACCUUCCUUUUAUACCAGAGCUCUGAUUAUGUGUAAUGUGUAAAAAUCAUUUUUCUGUCAACCUUAUUGUUAAAUGACAUAAUAUUAGGCUGUGAGAAAUAAUGUUUAGUUUCCAGGUUCAAAUAGCUGUCUUUUACAGUUUUUUUUCAGUAUUGCAUGACUCUUCUUAACUAUAUUUUUGUAAAGACUCAGUUACAAAAAGAGCAUCUAAAAUAUUUCUAUCUUUUGUGACAAAGAAUUAUAAUUAAAACUUAUUUCUACAGUUUUUAGCUGGAAACAACAUACAUUAUAUAGAGAACUAGAGAGGAUAGUACUUGCACAAUUUACAUCCUCAGAAACUAAGCAUUAUUUUCUUUGCCUUGCAGUUAGUUUGCUCAGAAUUUAUAUGAUACAAAAUGAAUUGCAUUUAUUUUAUUACAACAUUCAAUUAUUUAUUACUCUGUUAUAUAUGUUUUGUUAAUGAUUUAGUUAUUUUAUUUUGAUUUGUUGUUACAUAUGACCUCCUCAAGUUUAUCCAAUUAUUUUGUUGAUAAUGACUAUUUCUUUGUUUAAAUUUGUUCUUGUUUUGUUCUUUGAAAGUAAAAUAAUUGUUUUUAUCAUAUCUGUGCUCAUCUUAUACCUGGCUAUUUCAGUAAAUAUUAUACUAAUGUACAGAAAAAAGUAAAAUAGUGCAACAGUGAUAAACAUGUGAGUACAUGUCUUGGUAAAAUACAUGUACCAGGUUUUGUCUAAUAGACAUAGACAAUACUUAUGGGCAUAUUUUUAAUAUUUUAGUGGUAAAACACAAUUUUAAGGCAACAUAUAAUUAAGACUGAUUUCAGUAAUUCAGAGUAGUAGAUUUAUUUAAUGACUUAAAAGUGUUGCUUUGCUAGUUGGUUUAAAAAAGUGUUGUCUAUUAAGAUGAGUAUAGCCACCCAGAUACAUUCAUCUAAACCUUUAUUUCUCUAUCAUUAUUUUUUUUUUCCAAACUUUUUUUUUAGUGUUCUGAAUUUAGGAAUGAUAAAUUUGAAUUAUCCUUUUAGAAUAAAGAUUAAUCUACCUUUAAGCCAGUUGAAUAACAUGCGAUGAGUAAAUAUAUAUAUCUGCAGAAAAUCCUAACUUACUUUACAAUAUUAAAAUUAAUAAUAUUUAUGUUAUGUCUCAUAGCAAAGUUGUAUUGCAUAAUUUUCACAACUUUAAAUGUUGAAAACCAGUAUUGUGAAAAAAGCUGGGCUAUUACACAAAGUAUGACAAUAAUAUAAUUAUUCUUAUGGUAAUACUGUAUGUGUAGCUGCUUUGCAUUUUCAUGAUCAAACUUGUUAAAACUUAAGUCUUCAAAAAAUAAAAUUUGUUCCUGAA